UUUGAUUUUGUCCUACGCAGCAAAAGGAUGGGUCGUUGUUGUGUCACUUUGAAAUUCGAAAGUGGUUAACCCGAAGUAUAGGAUAACGCAUCUUCGCUUACGCUCUCACAAAUCGUAUAGUCAAGCUGUACUUAAAGUUUAAUUUUGAUUACAGAUGUCAAUUCUCUGUUACUAUCGCUACCGCAGCACAGAAGACCACAUUCUUUAAAUUGAAGAGGUGUAUGUAAAUCGUAUUUAUGACGUCGUGGUUGCUAUUCAAACAUAGGCAUACUAUUGCAAAGCAGGUACUUUAAAGUUUAUAGGAAGCAUCUGGUGGCAUAUCACAACUGGCACCUGGAAAUCCAGCUUUCUGAGUUGCAUUUUUUCUCAAAUGCCUUUUCCGUGAUGAUCGGCCUUCAUCUACAGAACUGGAUUCAUUGACCGUUGACUUUGGUCGAGGUGCCUUCAAGUUUUUGAGACUUUUGAGUCAUGUUGGAUCGAAAGACCACCUUUUUUGGUACAGUUUGGACAGUGAUAUUUUCAUUGAGCUUUUGCAGCAGUUUCCAGUACGAUGAAGAUUUCAUUGAUAACAGACAAGUUGUGUUUUUAAGACCAAGAAUUGGUUCUGGUUUUUCAAAAAAGGGUGACACAGGAAGUGAUUUCAAGCUACCUGCUGACACUAAUUUUUUCAAUUCUGCCAGUGGUAGAUCUGGAAAACGGAAACCAAUAGUUACAGAGACAAACUUGGGCAAUGAUACUCAUCUAACUGCAGUUGUCACAUGGACACAUUUUGAUAGCAGAGUAAUCUUUAUAAUUACUUGUGAUAAAGUGAAGAAGAUUAAGUCAAGGUCAUUUUGUCUUGGAGAUUCAAAUGUUUAUCGUUCAAUAAACUUUGGGAAAUCUUUUAACCUUGAAUCGAGUAAAUUUGACAACACCUCCCAAAUUAGCAUCAUCAACAUUUCACCUAGAGACAGACAAAUUGUCUUUGCACAGGAUCAAUUCAACAAGAAACUGUACGUAAGUUUCAAUGAAGGUGAUUCUUAUGUUCAGAAUUCAGUUACUUUCUCACCAACAUACAUAUCUUUUCAUUCAGUUUUUCCACACUAUUUGCUAAUAAAGGACACAAAGAACGAUCUUUAUUUCUCAAAUGACACUGGAAAAAAUUGGCACUUAAUGCUAUCAAAUAUCAGGAAUUUUUUCUGGUCAGUUGAUGUGCAAAAUAAUAGAUCAAACAUUUUCUUUGAGAAAAUUUCUCAGCAGAAUACAAAGCUUCCAACCUACAAUUAUUCCAUUGUCUAUGUGGCAGAGGAACCUUUUAUGCAGCCAGCACACAUAUUUGACCAAACACUUGGCCUUAUAUUCCCAGGGUCGCUUCUUGUUAGAGGAAAUUAUAUAUUCAUCCAACGAAAGACAUCUGCUGGCAACAGACGAUUAUUUAUGCUUCACAAAAUAACCCAGGAAAUAAAAGAGUGUGAAUUUCCUACAAGUGAAGAACAUGUUGAUUUUCAUUUUCUUGGAGAUGAACCACAUCAAAUUUUACUUGCAGCUUUGACAAAGCAAGGAAUCACCAACUUAUAUGUUGCUGACAAGCAAGCCAAGCAAUUUUUCUUGAUUUUAGAGAAAGUGGAAGCAGCUUGGAAGGAAGGUAGCACAAUCAUAGACGUGCAUAGAGUGACGGGUGUACCAGGCACAUUUAUAGCUAACAAAAUAGGCAUUGGAACUGUGAUAUCUUACAAUAAUGGUGGAAUGUGGAACAGACUCAAGCUCCCAGAUCGGGAUGAAAGUGGAAAGGAACUAGAUUGCUACCAAUCUGAUUGUAUAGUUAAGCUCUCUUUGUACAUUCAAGAUAAUUUUGUUAUUGGAUGGUCUCCAGUAACAUCAUCAAAGUAUGUUCCAGGUGUAGUAAUAGCUCAAGGCACCAUUUUAAAAAAACCUUAUGUUGUUAGAAAAUACCCAUAUGGAUUUUUGUCCAUUGAUGGGGGGCAGAGUUGGUCUCUAGCAUUGAAAGGAAGGCAUAUUUACAAGCUACUUGAUCAUGGAGGUAUGUUUGCCAGUGUUCCAAUAACAAACCAGUUCUUGGAUCAGAAGCAAAAUCAAGUACAAUAUAGCUGCAAUAAUGGUUUUUCAUGGGAUACAAUCUCACUUAACAAUCAAGUUUCAGCAGUGGUAGGAGUUGCAGCCCAUCCUGCAGCAAAGUCUAAUACCCUGAAGAUUUUUGGGGCUGAUCUUUUAUCUUCCAAAAAAGUUGUUUGGACUAUCUGGCAUGUAAAUUUUUCCUCCAUAUUUGAUUACAAAUGUAGUCCAACUAAUUUUACAAUGUGGGUAGCUGGUCAAAAAGAAGGAAGCUAUGGCUCUUGUAUUUUAGGACAGAAAUUUGUUUAUGAAAGGAGAAUUGAUGGUGUUUGCUGCUCUUAUGGAGUUGAUUUUAAACGUAGAGAAAACAUAACUUUGUGUGAGUGCACAAUGAAUGAUUUUGAAUGUGACUUUGGAUUCAAGAGAGAAACAAUAGGAAGUCUUUGUAUUCCAACUAGCUUUGCAUCUCUCAAUCCACCAGUUAACUGCCCAGAAGGUGGAUCAUAUUUGACAUCAAAAGGGUACAGGAAAAUUAAAGGUGAUGCUUGCCAAGGAGGCAUUGAAAAAGAGUUAUUACCAGUACCUAAAAAGUGUCCUGCACAAGCCCCAGAUGGGAUUUCUUUGUCAGUGCAGAAAUACUCUAUUGCUCUUGGCACCACUGCAAAGAUAGAGCUUCAUCAACAGUCUGGUUUCUUGGAAACUGUUUAUACAUGGGACUAUGGUGAUGGUUUCAAAGAGUAUAACUUGAGUUUUAGUGAGGCAGUUCGUUGGCAUAAAUAUGAGAAAAUUGGUACCUACAUCAUAUCAGUGCUUGCCUCAAACAGUGCUGGUUCUUUUACUGCAAAAACCAUCAUGCGCGUAAUAGAGAGAGUAUCAGAAGUGUUUUUGUAUGUAACGAAGCCAGUAGUUGCAUCUGAAGAGGCAACAUACACUGCUGACCUUAUCACUCAUGAUGCAACUGUGAAAAAUCGCCAUGGAUUCGUCCAUUUUGCUUGGAUCUUUGAACCAAUAAAGACACCAGUUUUGUCACUGAAUUCAUCUGUGAAACAUACUUACAACAAACCAGGAACUUAUGAAGUUGAAGUUCGUGUCUUUAAUGCAAUAAGUGUGGUAUCAACAACAGCGUCUGUUACAGUUUUUGGUGAUGUUCGUGUCCUCAAAUUACAAUUUUCAAGUACUUUGGAUCUCUUAAACAAAGGAACAAAAGCGUGGAACAAAUUAUUUACAGCAACUGUCAGUCAAUAUCUCAUCAAAAUGUUCAAAAUACGAAAAGAUAUGGUCAUAGUUGAUGUCUCAAAAACAUUGCCAACUAUUGUUACUCUUUCUUUGGUACAGAAUACAGUUCCAGAGCAAAAUCCAGAGAACCCAAGCAUUCAAACAACAAAAAUGCCUAGUUCGAGAUCUCUGUCAAUUGAUAUUGUCAUGCAUGAGAUAAUUUCAAGUGUAAGAAACCAAAAGAUAUCAUUUUUUUGGCUGGGCCAGGAAAUCAGGGUUCUUAAAGCUACAAUCAUUAGAGAUAAAAAGACUCAGCCAACAGUAGAACCUGUUCAAUAUGGACUUUCAGCUGAAUUGAAAAAAGAUUUGUACAUUGGUGUAUCCAUUGGUCUAAUUUUCUUGUUGAUUUGUGCAAUUUCUUGCUUCAUUUACUGCAGAAAAAGGAAACAUUGCUGCAAGAAGGAAAAAUAUCUUGUAAUGCAAGAUGAGAUUUCCGUCCAAGGGGAUUGCAGUAUGAAUGACUUACAUACAAUGUAGCAGAUGUUAUUUGAUUUGGUACUGAUGUGACACUUUUCAACAAGUAUCCUAUUAUUAUCAGAUGCUAUGUAGUAAAGCAACUAAAAACCAGAAUUUACAUUAACAAUCGUGUUAGAAUCUUUAGUAACAGCUCUCGAUGUAGAAAAAAGGUCAUGACAUUUUUUUUUCACUACAUAAGUCCUAAGUCUAGCAAUAAGGCCUGGUUUUACACACGAGCAUGAUUAUUUAUCUCUAGGUAGCAGAAAAUGGGUUUAUCGGCCAGAAAAGCCGUGAAAUAUAGUGACUUUCACAGCAUUUUAAAAUCAAGUCUUGGGUUCAAAUAGAAAGUAUAAUUUUUAUAUUAGGUAUGCUCCAAUUGUUGUAUAUCCUUUUCUGAAAUUAAAACCCUCCUUCCAUUGAUGCUUUACCUGUUACAUUUUUUUCCACACCCAUCCUCAUACUAAACAUGAUAUGAUGCUAAUUCUGCCCGUUUCCUUAAUAUGCAUUAUUUGAUGUUUUGUUCUUUAUAGACAGAAUUUUUAUUCAGAAAGACCUCCAAGGCACCAUCAAAGUAAUUAUUUUGCAUUUCAAUGCAGUGACCAGGCCAGUUUUUUUAUAUAGAUGGUUCCAGCUUGUUUGGAAGAACCAUGAAUAACUUUUUGUAGGUAUUUCAGUGUAUUACCUUUAAACUACUAGAUGAAACAAUAAAUAUCCUGACAUUUGCGCAUAAACACCGGAUUAAGCAGCAGAUACAUUUAAUACUGAAUGAUUCUUUAUCAGUUUAUUUCACUGCAAGGUGCCAUUCAAAAGCAAACCCAGCUGGCCUGGAAAAAUGUCAGAGUCCAGAAAAUCUUUAUUCUACCACAACCAUCAAAACAUGAAAUUGAUCCUGCUCAUUGAUGAUAAGAGCCAAUUGCAACAUCCUGAUAAAAAUAAAGUCAUCCUGCAAAAUGUCAGAAAUGGACGGAUGGAUGCAAACCACUUUGAAAUUCCCUUGCUACAAAAUAAAAUGAAAGGCAUUAUCCUCCCCUGCCGCAGACCUGUAAUGCCCUGCAACUAAAAGGCCCUGCAAUUAACUUAUGAUUAUGUCAUGUGGCUUUCUGUGGUAGCCGAAUAACUUCAAAUCAGCACUUUUCUGGACUUUGAUUGGUGUAAAAUAGCUAAAUCUUAUUUCAUGUACCGCCAACAGGCC